AAAUCUUUCAAAAUAGGAAAAAUAUCAUUAUUUAACAAAGCUUUUCCUUACUCAGGAUAUGGUAUAUAAACAAGAUUGAGUUUCUCCAGAAUCCAUUCAAAGCGUCUAUAAUCCCAGUUUCGCAAAUCUUUUAACCACUUUCUUCGUUUCUCAAUCGCUUCUUUUAAAGCAACUUUUGCUUUCGCGUCUCUGGGAUAUACUUUUAUAAACUCUUGCAAAUCAUGAAUUUUACAUGUAUAAACAGCAACUAAAAAGCAUACACAUAUACAUAAACUCUUUAUUAUUCUAUAGCAACAGAUAUUAUUUAGGAAAAUUGCAUAUUACUCGUAGCUUCCGGCGAAAAAUCAUCAAAUUCAUGCCUGUUCACUAAGUCCAAAUACUUCUUUAUCUUGAUACUAGUUGUCUUAGUGCGCUGUUGGAAUUGUAAGGUAAACAUCUUCUUAACAAGAUCGCUGGCACUGUCAAAAAACAGAUUAGAUGUGAUUCAGCAUACUCUUGGAUGAGAUCCUUCGAACUGACAUCGAUCUUCAAUCCCUUAUCACCGGAUCUUUCAGGUGACAAGGGUGAAACUUCCUCAGGUCGUGUCCAGGUGAUUUUGUAGUCAGCUACAGUAGUUGCAUACCUUCUUGAAAGUAAUUUAUUACUUCUUCCCUUGGAACCUGUUGUGUUUAGUCGAGAUUUGAACCUUGUCGAUAAACUCGAGUUCUGACGUACCAACAUUUCCUUAAUGGCGCUCCGUUGAUCGUCUACUUCUGGUUGGUGACUUCUCGCUCUUCUGCUUCUACGGAAGGCACGGAAAAUGGCCUGCUCCGCUGUUAGGUCGCCCGUUCUUCGUAAUCCUACGGUAAGACAUUAUGCAGCUGCCGCAGCAACUCAGUGCUCCAGCGCAGCAGUCCCUGAGCUCCAGGUGUUGUCGAACAAUAAGGUAACUGUCGCUGCGGUUGAUAAUAAUAGUCCCAUCGCUCAAGUUUCAGUUAUCUUCAGGGCUGGCUCGCGCAAUGAAACAUACAACACGCAGGGAAUAAUGCAUCAUCUCCGCAUUGCUGCUGGUCUAAGUACAUGCAGAUCCACCACCUUUGGCAUAACCAGAAAUGUCCAGCAACUCGGUGGAAACUUAACUGCUACCACCGAUCGCGAAAGUAUCGCUUACACGUUACAAAUUACGAGGAAUAAUUUGGACAAAGCCUUGACUUUUCUGGAGGAUGUCGCGACGCAGCAAGUAUUCAAGCCAUGGGAAAUAUCUGAUCAAUUACCCAGACUGCGCUAUGAACUAUCCAUGAUACCUGAGACGACCCGUGUAAUGGAAUUGCUACAUAAAGCAGCCUACCGCACUGGAUUAGGUUAUUCCCUGUACUCGCCAAAAAGACAACUUGAAAAGAUCAAUACAGAAGCUCUUCAGCAUUACGUCAACACCUGGUUCACCGGCUCCAAUUGCGCAGUGGUUGCAACAGGAGUGUCGUUAACAGACGUGGCUCAGUUCGCCUCGAAUCUAAAAGUGGGUUCAUCGGAGAACACCGUGGUAGCUGCCAAGUAUCACGGAGGAGAGCUUCGCAAGGAACGAUCCUCCGAUCUGACCACCGUAGCUGUGGCCGUCGAAGGCGUUAGUCUGAACAAGGAGAAGGACGCUGUCGCUUGCGCGAUUCUCCAGAGAGCAGUCGGUUCCGGACCCCGUGUAAAGUGGGGCGCAAGCGUGUCCCCGUUGCACAGGGAGGUGGCAAACGCGGCGAGUCCUGAGCAGUUCGCCCUCUCGGCAUUCAAUGCCUCCUACAGCGAUUCCGGACUGUUCGGUUUAGUCCUGUCCUCCGUACCCGAUGUCGCCGAUGCUGUGACGAAAGCUGCUGCCGGAUAUCUGAAGUCGCCGAAGCUCUCCGACGCCGACAUCGCUCGCGGUAAAGCCACGUUGAAGGCGGAGAUAUUGUACGCCGCUGAUAACGAGCCCGCGCUCUUGGAGAAUCUGGGACAGCAGGCGCUUCUCAAGGGACGCCUGUACAAGCCGUCCGCUCUCGUCGCGGAAGUGGAAAAAGUAACUGCAUCCGAGGUCAAGACGAUUGCUGGAAAACUCGGUAGCGGAAAAUUGUCAUUGGCUGCAAUCGGCGAUCUAUCAAACGUUCCUUACAUCGAUGAAUUGAAGUAGAUGUAUAAUAUUGAAAAUUUGUGGACAGUAUCUGUAUAAAUUUCCGAUUUCUAAAUCUUCUGUCUAGUUUAGAUACAUAUAUUAUCAGAGAGAAUGUAGAAUUCUACUUGCGAUAUUAUAAUAAAAAAAGAUAACAUCGCUGCAA